AUGCACGUAAACAAUGACGCCAUCGAGAAGAACGCUUCAAACAUGUAUGCAGCGUCACGGCCGGUAGAAACUAGCAGGGAUUCUCCCAAAAGGCCCUCGAUAAGUCCUCCAGUUGUUAAAGGAACAGGGAAGCCACAACGGAUACAAGAGUUUCAACCUCUGAAGUGCCGAUGUGAACGGACUUUCGUCGGAAUUGCCGAGUUUGUCCUACACGCCCAGACGUGUACUGAACUUGUCAUUACAACAGAAAACGCUGUUGACUUGAGCUUCCAACCACAACAAUCAAUAAAACCCGACUUCGUUAAGGUUCCCCCACCACCUCUAACAGACGCGUUGGACCUUCGAGUUCGAGAGCACGGCUCGACGGCAACGGUUCUUACUACCUCAAGCCCAACAUUGACUUGUCCAGAGUGCAAGGUGAACGCUGUGAGUCAUGUGCAAUUGCUGCGCCACUUUGAAUCGGCACAUGGGGUUUAUGGAAGUUACUCAUGUUCUUGUGGAGUGGAGUUUGAAUGGCUUCCCGCAUUUUUGAGUCAUUACCUACUGUGUCCUACGGCAGCACCUAAAAAACUGCAGCACCCAACCUUUGAUAACAAUUUCAUCAAAAAACAUCUCCCUGCACAUUGCAAAGUUACGAAACCGCCUCUUGUCAGCUCUCAUCCACAUGCCGAUCUUUCACGCCCUUUUAAGUGCUGUCACUGUGUGAAAUCGUUUAAGUCGAAAGCGCUUCUCGACCAGCACAUGCAUAUUCACUAUCCCCCAAAGUAUACGUGUCGAUAUUGCGCAAAGAAGUACCGCUGGCCUCCUGUUUUCUAUCAUCACCAGCGUACCUGCAAGAAACGACCUGCUACAGCAUCGACCGGUGCUUCCACAGGUGCAAGAACUACAGAGCCUGCACAAAGCCGUGGUUUUGUCCCUCGCAACUCACAAACACCCGCAUACCAGUUUCCCAUACCUUCAACACCAAUCACAAUCCAAAACCCCUUUCUGCUCAGCACUCCAUCGCAGGAGCCUCGUCCCUCGAUACCGCCUUCUCUCCUGCUGCCACCACCACCUCCAUUCGCCAGACCAUGGGAGAGGAAGGAUGCGGGUCCACUGCUAAAUGCCCCAUCACUGCACCUUCCGCAGUUUCCCCUUCCGUUAGGAGCUAACCCCGACCUUUUAAGAUUUCCCGCACCGCCUCCGCCUCCUUUUCCGCCUCCUCCAAUUUUACCAUUUUACGCUUCACCUGAGACCCAAACGCCCAGUUUCGGUGCUGAUGGUGGUUCUGUGAACGAAACCCCAUCACCGGUCACCUGCGUUUGUGGAACUGUCUUCGAGGGUUUGUCGCCGUACUUGGGUCAUAUAGCAACCUGUCCACUUUUUGGACGGGUUUUGAACAUCCCUCCACCAUCACUAGAGGAGCCCAAUUCUGCAUUUUUCCUAGCAAACAUGAUUACUCUGUUAGAAAAGUGCAAACCAGAGUUUUUCCAACGGUUCUGCGACCGAAAUUCACCCUCGUCGGAGCCACAAGAAAGCAGUAUUAAUUCGUGUGGUCAGUGCGGUAAAGAGUUCUCCUCACGCCUAUCACUGAAGCAGCACAUGGAGGGAAAGCACAGUGCUGAAGGGAAAUACCAGUGCCCAGGAUGUGCUAAACGCUAUCGGUGGGGUGCUUCCUAUUACUACCACAAGAAAUCCUGCCCAGCAGUGUCACGCGAUGAUGAAGAACCGUCCUUUGGAGGAGAAUCGUGUAUUUCGCCACCCAAUCCCACACAUCUGGAUGAAAAUGGAAUGUGUGCUGUCUUGCUGUUCCAGUCGACAGCCAAAGACUUGCUGGUGCAACAACAGAACAAUCACCAGAAGCUGUCCGUACCUGCGCAGCAGCAAACGUCGGGCGAGAAUGUGGAGCAGGAGGAGGAGGAGCCAGAAAACAGAAAUGCUGAGGGGUCAAUGAAGGCAAACACUGUCGGGGAAAUGAAUAACGGGCUGGUACCAGAAAAGUUUUGCCCGCCACAUCCAGACACGGACUCAACUCUGGGCUCAACUCUGGUCUCCGCUUCUGUUGCUGCUGCGACUCCCUGA